AUGUCGUCGUCGGCGUCUCGCCUAGCUCUCGGCGGCCUCCCGGAGCGGCUCGGCUACGUGCAGUGCAAGUUCUGCACCACCAUCUUGCUGGUGAGCGUGCCGUGCAGCGGCCUUCUCAAGAUGGUGGCCGUGCAGUGCGGCCGCUGCGCUGGCAUCCUCUCCGUCAGUGUGGCUUCUCCCCCUCCACCGCCGCCGCCGCCGUCCGUCGAGCUGCCUCUGCAGGAGCUGGGCGUUGAUCCGCCGCCGAGAGAAUGGUCGGACGACAGCAGCGCCGGCGACGACGAAGAUGACGGCGACUGGGAGGGAGAGGUCGCGGAGAAGAGUGCCACUGCCGUCAACAAACCGCCGGUGAGGAAGCAGCGGACGCCGUCGGCAUACAACUGUUUCAUCAAGGAAGAGAUAAAGAGGAUUAAAGCCAUGGAGCCUGACAUCACCCACAAAGAAGCAUUCAGCACGGCUGCUAAAAACUGGGCUCACUUACCCAGAAUUCAGCACAAGGGAGACUGAUGAAACAGCUGCCGGCUUCACAUGCAAACUGCAGGAGGGUGGAGCACAAUUAGUUUCCAUUCAAGUGAAGCAGAGUGGUUUGCCUCUGUUACCCAAGUAGCCAAGCCUGAUCUAUUCUGUGAGAACAUAACUAG